UGAGGCAGCUUCUGUCCCUUAUGUGUCUUUGUGGGGAACAGAACAGUCUUCCCAGAGCAUCACAGGAGACAAAACAGAUCUCUGGGGAGGAAACAUCAGCCGCAGACCUCAAUGCAUACCUGACCUCAACUUCAGUGGAUGCCAAGAUAGGCACAAGGACAGGAGACGCACACCCUCUGAAGCUGGAGUAAAACAUCCAAGAAGUGGACCUUAACAGACGGACAAGCCAAGAGGUCACUUUUGAGUUCAAAAUCUACAUAAUCGUCAGAUCAAAAUCAACGACGCUGGACUGGAUCGCUAAGAAAAAGGUGGAGUCUUAAUUUGAGCUUUAAGUUUCUCUGCAGAAAAGUUUUGUUAAAAAGAUCAAAAGAAUCAUAUGAGAUGCAUACAAACUUGGGAAAAGAAGGAAAGAAGAUAAUUUAGCCAAGUAUUUUUUUUUUCUAUCCAUCUUCAGAGCACUUUUCCAAAUAUUCACUUGAGGUAGGAAAUUGAGAUACUCUUUCAAGAAUAUCUUAAAUGGUCCCGACAGUGCUCCUAAUUCACCAGCCAGGCGUUUAUCUUAUUUCUCCAGCUCCUUCUGAGGGAGCAUUAAAGACUCCAUUGAUAGUGCUCUAGGGGAGCGGGUAAUAUUUCUUAUAUGAAGUCUUGAAACUUUAUAGCUGUUGACUGAAGAGAGAGAAAUGUGCAACAUUUGAGAUAAUGGUGCCGAGCUGUUUCCAAGUGUGUCUGGACUAACACCGCAACAGCACUGAGGAUAGUAGCUAUGUUCACAGGGUGUGGAGUGGUCACUGGCCAAAACCAGUACCUGACCAGAGACGCAGUCAGGCCCCACCCAGGACUCGAGGUGAACACACCGAUUCAAAUGGAGAACGUAGUAGCCCCGGGGACCUGCGCUAUCUACCAGGGUCACACUUACAGCAAUGCUAUGCAGCCAGCAGUGGUCGAUGUCCCCGAUCCUCUGAAGCCAGCACCACUAGCAGUACCUCCCCCAGCACUAAAACUAGGGCAGGACGGGUUCAAGAAAGUCUGCCGAACUGAGGAGGACAGUCCCUGCCCCUUUCCAGGAUUGGCCUCUGGGGUGCUGGAGAUGCGCGUGAAGGAAGGAAGUAAGAUCCGCAACUUAAUGGGAUUUGCCAUGGCACGUAUGCAAGGAGAGAAAUGUGAAAGUGGGAGAGAUGUGAGCGGAGGUGGACUGAGGCAGGUGGUCUUCAGUGGGUCGGGUCGUGCAGUCACAAAGACUAUCACCUGUGCUGAGAUCAUGAAACGAAAAGUGGGCUCGCUGCACCAGCUGACCAAACUCCGGUACAAGGUAGUCAAAGAGGUGUGGGAAAGUACUGAAGGGAGCUCAUCUGAGAUGACAGUGCACAGGACCGUGCCCUCCAUCAGCAUCCUUCUUUCCAAAGACCCCCUGGAUCCACAGGAACCAGGCUAUCAACCUCCAGAGACUCUUAGUGCUUUGUGGGAGGAGAAAGAGGGUGUCGAAUCUGCUUCACAGACAGCAUGCAAGAGACCUCUAGGACCUUCACCGUACAGCAGUUUCACUCACUGUAAGAGAGUGUGUUUGGGGGAGGGAGUCUCUGUGCUCCCUCCUCACUGACUGGCUGAGCUGGUGUCAAACAGAGGAGAGGAUUGAAUCAGAGUUCAUUUGGAGCUGCCCUCCACUCAAGCACAAUGCUGAGACAAUCAGAACACUCACUGAGACAGAACAGUGCUUUUUCAAAAGAACUGAGCACCAAUUCCAGCCUCCAGAGGUCAGUUUGACUGGGCCCUAAAAGCUUGCCUCUGUUCAUUGAGCAUUUAAGGGAUGUUUUUCCUAGGCACGUUCAAAACAUUCUCUCGCACCAACAAAGAGUGAUGAUGAGUGCUAUUCUGCUGUAAAAUCUAAAACAGAUUUACAUCCCAUUUCACACCCACAAAAGAAAGAGCCAACAAUUGCACAGGUUCCAGAUUGCAGGUGGCAGUAAACUAAACUAAUCUACAGCCUGUGGACAAAAUCAUUUAUUAGCAUCAUGUUACAAUCACCUAUUCUUCUCUUAGUUGUAAUCUAAAAAAUAAAAAAGGUAGACCCAUGAAUAUCAAAUUAAAAACAAAAA